GAUAAAAUUGACUUGACAGUUGACGUCAUAACGACAUUUGCACAAUAUUUUACAAUUAUUAUCACAUUAUUAUAUAUUUGCAAUUUACCACUUAUAAUACAUUAUUAACGUGUUUUUUAUUUACUUGUAAAAUGUCUGAAGUUGUCGUCAAAAAUGUCGACAGCGCCUGCGAGACAGCUGAGGAAUUUACAAGAGUAUACUAUAAACAAGUAGACAACAGCCGACACUUAACCUCAAAGCUUUACCUGGAUACGGGUUUGUUGGUGUGGAACGGUAAUGGAAUAAACGGGAGUGAUAAGAUUCAGAAGUUCUUGAUGGAUCUCCCAGGCAGCACACACAUUUUGAAGACUUUGGACGCUCAGCCGAUUGCAGAAACUGUAGUGUCGAACAAACUCACGUACCUGAUUCAAGCUUGCGGAGAUGUGACCUAUCAGAAUGACGACAUCAAAAAGCCGUUUCAGCAGACAUUCCUCAUCGUGGCCGUCGAUGGGAAGUGGAAGAUUGCGUCAGAUUGCUUCAGAUUACAAGUUCCAUACAACAACUAGUGUUACUAUAUUGUGGACUUUAUUCACUUAGAUAAGCUCUAUUUGUAAUUUAAAUUAAUGAUACUGCUAGAAGUAACAGCCUAUAACUUACAUUCAUUCAAAAACUUGUAUCUAGUUUUCAAAGCUACUGAAACUGAUUUCAUAAUAAUGAACUUAAUGUAACAAUACAAGAAGUGUUUGUACAAAAUACUUAUCAGAUUUUUACAUUAAUUAUUUUAAGAUUAGGUAGCAUAAGAAUAUUAAUAAUAAAAGACUUGUUAAGUA